UCCCCAUCAAACCUGGCAAUAUAUUAAUCAAUCCAUCGCCGUCCCUCCGAUAAGGGGGAGAAAAUGGAGAAGCAGAAAAUCGGGGAGAGAGAGAGAGAGAGCAAGGGAAUGGAGAUAGAGGCAGAGUCUCGAUUGGUUCGCUUAUGCAUAGAAGCAGCGUGUGAAAGCAGAGAAAGCGUUGAAAAAUGGAGGAAACAGCGACGGACUCUCAAUUCUAUGCCUUCUCCUCUUGCCGACGCACUUCUCCGCCGCCUCUUCCUCCGCCGCCUCCUCUUCCCUUCUCUUCUGGAAGCUUUCAAACUUAGAGUGGAGGUGGUUGAUCUUAAAGGUGAAAACAAUGUGGAUGCGGAGUGGAUGGCGUACCUAGGAGCAUUUUGUUACUUGCGCUCCUUGAAUCUUGCUGAUUGCCAUAGAAUCAAUAAUUCUGCCCUUUGGUCUCUAGUUGGGAUGACUAGUUUAAAGGAGGUGGAUAUUUCAAGAUGUGCCAAGGUUACUGAUGCUGGUAUUAGGCAUCUUGUAUCAAUUUCAACUCUGCAAACACUACGGAUUUCAGAAACAGGUGUAACUGCUGUUGGUAUUAAACUUCUCUCCUCACUUACAAACAUGUUUGUUUUGGAUUUGGGUGGUUUGCCUGUCACUGAUACAGCUUUGAGUUCUCUCCAGGCGUUGACAAAGCUAGAGUAUCUUGACCUUUGGGGGAGUAACAUAUCUAACAAAGGGGCUCCUGUUCUUCAAAAAUUUCCCAAGUUGAAGUUUCUGGGUCUAGCCUGGACCAAUGUUACAAUUUUGCCAAAUUUGUCAUCUCUUGAAUGCUUAAACUUGAGUAACUGCACCAUUAAUUCUGUACUUCAAGGUAAUGGGAAUAAAGCUCAUUUGACUAAGCUGAUAUGCUCUGGAGCUACAUUCACCAACGAGGCUGAAGCAUUCUUGUAUUUCGAUACAUGCUUCCUAUCUUUUCUGGAUGUAUCCAAUUCAUCUCUCAAUGGAUUCUACUUCUUAAAUCAUUUGAAAGCAAUGGAAUAUUUGGAUCUCAGCAGUAGCAUGAUAGGAGAUGAUUCAAUUGAAGCAGUUGCAAGUAUAGGAGCAAUUUUGAGAAAUUUAAAUCUCGGCAAAACAAGAGUCACCUCUGCUGGGGUGGCAAUAUUAGUUGGUCAUGUUCCAAAGCUUGAGAAUUUAUCAUUAUCUCGCACUCUAGUGGAUGAUUUGGCCAUGUCAUAUAUUGGCAUGAUGCCUUCACUGAAGCUUGUUGAUUUAAACAAUACAAUCAUCAAUGGUUUCAUUCACCAGGAUGGUGCUGAGCCAAAUUUGAUUUCGUCACUGACAGCACUACAUAGCCUUAAAGGUUUGGAAAGUUUGAAUCUGGAAUGCGCCACCAUCAAGGAUGCAGCUGUAGACCCCUUAUCAAGCUUUCAAGAAUUGAGGCUUUUAUCUCUCAAAAGUCCUUCCCUUACAGACAUCUCCCUUUACCACUUGUCAUCUCUACCAAAGAUACGAAAUCUAGGCAUUCGCAAUGCCGUGCUGACUGACUCUGGGCUAUUUUCAUUCAGACCACCAGCAACUCUUGAAAUGCUGGACCUCAGGGGUUGUUGGCUCUUAACUGAGGAUGCUAUCUUGUCAUUUCGUAAAAGACAUCCUCUAAUUGAAUUAAGGCAUGAGCAUGUUGUCUCUACAUCAGAUCAAACUGCCCACCACCGUCUGACUCCACCACGAACAUUUCUAAGACCUCCACAAGUAAACCAGAAACGGGAAAAGUUGAUUGUGUCUCAGUAUUUUAUAGAUCAGAGACUGAAGUAUACCAGAGAGGAGCUUCUUGCAUUACAGUUUCAAUCCUCAUCUCUCGGCUCUCCUUUUGACAAAAGCCAUGCCAAACCCCAGAUGCAGUCGGAUUGAAAAGGUGAGCAAGAGUGGCGUCCAGUGCAGGGCUGCACAGGCGAGUUUAUUGGCAACUAUCUUCCUGGAAAAUUCCGUGCUUCGAUUUGACUCCAGCCAAAAUUCUGGAACUUGAACGUGCCAAAUUUGGUCUACCAAUUAGAAUGCCUUAAACUCCAAGCAAGAGAAAACAAGUCCACUGAGAGGCUUGUUCCGUCCUGGAACUUAAAUAAUGCAGUUAUGUUCUCAUCAUCAUUGUAAUAUGAUGCUGGUGAUUGAUAAAAUCUUUUUUUCUU